AUGGAGACUCAGGACAGUAUCGAUAUUGCACAUCUGCAACGCGUCGCGUUGGGACUUGAGCACGACCCAUAUGUCCCUGGACAAGCACAUCUUGACAGCCCCUCGCAACCACGGUCGACCCAUGCAGAUGAGGUUGUCAAUCGUUCCUACAGUGACAGUUCCCCGACGGCUCCCCGGAAUUUAUCUCUAGUCGCCUCGAAUCCAACGAGCCGUUCCCAUAAGCGUAACUCCUCUCCUCAAUUACCUCGACACUAUGAAAACUUCCCCAUGAAUCCUCCCAGCGAGCCGAACAAGUCUAUCUCAGUUUCCAGGUCGAUUGUACCUGCAGCAAUGGAUCCCACGGAUGCCACCCCGAGUGACACUCAAGUUGUCUCACAAUCGAUCUACGAUAGUAUAAUCCAGCGAAAUGGGGAGUCCAUGUAUGGAGGAGCUUCACAAUACGGCGGAGAUGGUGGCACUCUUAGGACAUUACACGAGGGCGAUAGUGGCCAUAUUGAUCUUCUUGCCGAAUUCGAUACAGCACACCACGAACCCAACCUCUCUCCGAUCCAAGAUGAAGAAAGCAACUAUGACCCGGAUGAAUCGUCUCCAAUGCAUUACCAGCCCGAGUUCUUCCCUGAAUCCCAACGCUUUAUGGCCACGACUCCCGGGACAUCGAUAAAAAAGCCUCAGACUCCAGGCACACUGACGGAGACGCCCACUCAAUCGAGGAACCCUCUUGCCGGAGAUAUCGAAUCUAGUGGGGGGCUGAUGGGCUUGAGUCAGUUAUUUCGAGCAACUCAGGCCCAAUCGUCCCCCUUGGUUCAUGGCCAACAACCGGAACUUGUAUCAGAUCGUCCAUCGCCGAAUAUUCCCAUUCAGCGACCCCGCAUAGCUAAUAAUGUUUCCUCGCCACUUGUUCAUUUUACGAGAGAAUCAUCCGAACCGAACCUCCACUACAUAUCCAUGAAAGAGUCACAGUCAAGGAGGGAUAAAUCUCUCGGGGAAAGAUUGACACGGUCUGCGGAUAAUAUGCAAUCGGAUGAUCCGCUGGAUGAGGAGUUCAACAAGGAGUCUAGUUUUGUUCAAAAUGCACGGAGACAACGACUAUACGACGAAGAGACUGCUGCGCAAUUUGCGGCCUUAAAUGCCCCCCCGCGGUCCGAGGACCGUGCUACACCACCAGAUUAUCUAGACGAGAAUGCGGAUGAAAUUGCGACCGCUGGAAGUGAGGAAGAAACGGAACAAGAAGAUGAAAUCGCACCGCAAGUUCCCCAGUCGCAGGAAUUAUCGCAUCUUUCCGAAGAAGACAAGGAAAACAACCCCAGUUUUGUAAAUGAGACUGAUAGUGCACACGACCGGCUCUCACAAGCCCUUGGCAUGGAAAGUGGUCCAUCAUCUCGGGUCAAUACAGCACCGGAGGCUGAUGUUAGGUAUUCUCAGCCUGAAUCGGUCGACGUGCAUGACCGGUAUCCAUAUUCUAGUCGAUCCUCUCAAGUCAUGGUAAAAGACUCUCAACAAUCGCCACAGCCAUCGCCCAGGCCCAACAGAUAUGAGGCCCAAGCUGACCAGCAAUCAUUUACGCUGCAGCUUGAGCCCGCCCCUAAUAGUAUCGACGAUGGGAAUGUUUCACCUAUCCGACAACGCCUUCAAUCUUCUCCGCCUCCUUCACAACUAGAGGAUGGGCUUAAUUCAAAUUUCGAUUCCCACGAGCAGGGCCCUGAUGUCGAAAUGGAAGAUCAUGCGCCGUCCAACGAUGCUGUGCCACUACAAUCUGGCAUUGCUCGUGCUUUGCCCAAAAGUGGGCUAUUCUCCAACAGCUCCCAAGGUGGUGCCGGGAAUAAAUCUUCCUCGAUGCCCUCGCGUGUUACUGAAACGCCUGUUCACCUACGUCCAGAUCCUGAAGACUUGUCCCGGUUAACAAGCAUACCAGAGACCAGCCCCAGCCACAUCCAAUCCAAUGAAUGGGAAGCAGGGUCCAAUGCUGAUGGAUUGAAUAAUGAGGAUGAUGACCUGCCUCCUAUGCUACCUACAGGUGUUGAACGAUUUGGUCAGAUGCACCAUUCACAGUCCCGUGCCCUUUCAUCCCCAAUCAAGACCCUCAUUUCCCAGGCACAAUCCCAGAUUCUAUCUAGUCCAAGUGGAAGACAACGCCGUGCUUUGACUGAGAUUGCUUCGGAUUGUUCUCCCCAAGCUGAUUUCAAGAUCGGGGAUAUCGGCUUGGAUUUCUUCACUGCCGACGAUGAUGAUUUUAAUUCAUUGGUCAUUGAUGGUUCCCCGACUCGCCCUCGAAAGAGAAGACGAGGCAACUUUGGCCAGUCCUUCAAUACGUCCGACACUGCUGUUCCCGGGACGCCUCGUGCACACACCUAUAAGACUACAGCACCCAUCCAUGAGAGCCCCGCUCAGCAUCUGUCCUCAUCAGCAGUUACCAAUAUUCCUGCACCUCCCCGCAGACAAUCCAGACCUGCUGUUAGAGAUGAUACUGUAUGGGAAAUCGGAGACUCUCCGCAACAACCGACUGUACGACGAAGAUCAAGGCACACCGGAGCUACUGCUCCCCGGGACAUGGGAAAGCGACAUGUACAAAAACAUCAUACAGAAGUUCAAGCGCCAACUCUGCCCGUACCCACUGGAAAAACCGCAUCAGUCACAUCUUCUGAACUCACUGAACUCACUGAUGUUGAUAUCACCUCAGAGGACCAGCCUUUAUCAGAUAACAACAUCACCAAUAGCCCUCCUACCACACCUCAACCUGCCCGGAUAUCUUCUGAUAGCACCUUGAUUGCUCCCAAUCAAGUCAUUGCUGUGUGGAAGGGUCAAAAACGGGCAUAUUACCCUGCUACUUGCUUCGGAACGCCUCUUGGUGUCUCACAAACCAAUUACACUGUGAAAUUUGAAGACAGUCUUCCUAUCGAAGUCCUUAAGGGGCUAGUUAAGAGGUUUGAACUUCACAUCGGUGAUGCUGUCAAAGUCGAUAUGCGUGGUAUUCCAAAGGUCACACAUCUCGUUCGUGGCUUUGAUGAUAAACUCACAAAGGAGGAGCUUUCCCAGGCUGCCGAAAGUGGGUUCUGCCCCCAGACCGAUAUUUACGGCUAUUCCUCGGUUAUCCUUGGGCCCAAACAACGCAAAAGCCUUCCCAAUGGUGGUCUCAAUAAUUCCGAAAAUGUGAUUAAGGUACCAAUGGGCCGCAUCUACCUCGACAUGAGUUUGUGGAAUCAGCUCAAGGACCGUGACUUUACCUAUCAACCCGAGCUGGCGCCCCAACCAACAGUCCAAGUCACAGUUCCAGCACCAGCCCCAGCAGCUGCAUCUCAUUCGCCAGAAAAAUCAUCACUGCCAGCCUCUCCGAGUAUUCGCUUCUCUCGUUCUUUCCAGUCUGGCAGCGGUAUCUUCACGAACAUGGUAUUUGCGGUGUCCUAUACGGAUGACGAUGGUUCCAAGAAACGUGUUUCAAAACUCAUUAUGGAUAAUGGUGGCUCGGUAUUGCAUGAUGGAUUCACAGAACUGUUUGACACCUCUUCGAUCCUUCCUUUUGAAACACCAACAAAAAGCGAGAAGAGUGAGUCCAGUAGCGCUGGACUUUGUCUAACACCCCUUGCUGAAGAUGUGGGUUUUACAUGCCUCAUUGCUGAUACAUACUCCCGCCGUGAAAAGUACAUGCAAGCCCUGGCACUGGGUCUACCGUGUCUCUCGGGCCGCUGGGUCGAAGAUUGUGUUGCGAAGGGUCGCGUUUUAGAUUGGGAUGUUUACCUACUACCCGCCGGUGACUCAACUUAUCUCAAUGGGGCCACCAAAUCCCGAAUGAUGAUACCGACGUCGCCUUGCGAGUCUCGUCUAUCUGACACCAUCGCGGCAAGACCAAAAUUACUGGGCGGAAAGUCCGUUCUUAUCAUCACUGGCCGAGGAAAAGCACAGAAAAAACGCCAAGCCUACAUAUUCCUCACAUUUGCGCUUGGAGCUUCCCGUGUAGAGCGAGUACCAGAUCUUGAGACUGCCCGCGCAUUAAUGGAAUCUCAGUCCGAGGCUUCGUUGCCUUGUAGCUGGGACUUGGUUUACGUCGAUGAUGCCGAUCAAUCUUCUGCGCAGUCCAUGUUGACCCCGAGACCGAAAACACAGAAAUUUUCCUUGGUUCAUGGCAAGAAGCGCAAGAAGUCAACUAUACUCACUUUAAGAGAUCCUGUUGACAGUUUAUCGCCCAUUACACGAGUUGUUGGAAAUGAGUUUGUAUGCCAGAGUUUGAUCUUGGGUAGAUUGUUUGAGGAGUGA